CGCACAGUUGCACGCGGCGGCUCGCCCGCUCUACCUCGGCAUGUUAUACUAGUAACAAAAUUUGUUGACACGAAAUAUUUCAAGACAGUGCAGUUUUAAAGGACUUUCAGUGUGUGUGGCCAGAGUUAUGUUCUAUCGAGUACUGUGCCUGUGUUGAUACGGAGAGACAAAAGCUGAUUUUAUUUUGACAGGCCACCAUAAAAUGAAGCAGUAACCACCCAAGAUGGACUCGCCCGUAUCUUCGCAAGACGAUAGAGAUAUUGAAGUGAACGUGGUAUCAGGAGCCAGCAGUCCUGACAUCACCUCCUCACCAUCCAGAAAAGACCAGAAGAGUCCCUUCUAUGAACUAAAGAAAGACAAAGAAGAAAAAGCUACCGGCAGUGCGCCUUACACCAGUUUUUCUAUCAGUUCGAUUUUGAACCGUGCGGAGCCGAGAAGAGAGUCCAAUGUCCUGGAAGCAGCGUUGGCUGCUAAUCAUUUCGGGAAUGCGAACGAUGCUAUGCUGUCCAGAUUGGGUUUGAUAUCACAGUGGAGUGCUCUAGCGGGAAGGUACGGGGGUUUGGUGCCGGCUCCCUGGUAUUGGCAGAGACCACAAGACAGAACCACUCCUCCCAGAGAAGACUCCACCACCAACGAGGAAGGUUCAGCGGGAGGAUCCCCUCGAAUUAGGAGUCCAGCUCGAGCUCCCACUCCUCCCUCCCCGUCCCGUUCCUCCCCCCGCUCCCCGCGCCUCCAUCCAGCCCUCUACCCUCAACAACCAGACGUCCAAGACUCGGAUCCAGACGUAGACGAAAGCGACGACUUCGAUAAAGACGAGAAACGGGACCCCAACGCCAACCUUGGCAAACGAAAGAAGAAGACCAGAACGGUCUUCUCAAGAUCCCAGGUCUUUCAACUAGAACAGACAUUUGAUAUGAAACGAUACCUUAGCAGUUCGGAGCGCGCUGGUCUGGCCGCUUCCUUGCAUUUAACAGAGACCCAGGUGAAGAUCUGGUUCCAGAAUAGAAGGAAUAAGUGGAAGAGGCAGUUGGCUGCGGAACUUGAGGCUGCUAACAUGGCCCAUGCGGCACAGAGACUGGUUCGCGUCCCCAUCCUGUACCACGAGUCGCGGCCCACGUCGAUGCCUCACACGCCGAUGCCGUUACACCCUCAGUUCAACGAUGGCGUCGGAGGGGUCUACUUUCCCUCCCAAGCUCCUCAGCAGCUGCAGCCCCUCCCCGCGUCUCCUGUGACGUCCAGGGCUCCGCUGUCCAGCCUCGUGUAGUGUUCGCUUGAGCCCGCACGCUCGGAAGACGGACAUUACUGAAUGUGAUCGUGCGGGACUAGUCAUGUUCAGAGUGUUAUUGCCAAAUCGUUCAAAUGUAACUUUAUAUGUGUAGGUUCGUGUUGGGGCGUGUUUUCAUGGGUUUGGGUAAGAUAAACAUAAUUGUGGUGAUCGUGGUUUGUGGCUUAAAGACGUCUGUGAAGUGGCGAUUGUGUUCUAGGAGUACGGUAAUGAUAAUGACUGUAAAAAUACAAAGCUUGUCUUUAAAUAAUUAAGUAAAAAGCAAAAAGUACGUGGCUCUAAAGUACUUUGCAGUGAAACGUCAUUUUGACAGAUGUGACAAUGACAGUGACAUUGACAGCUAGUAAUGCAGGCAAAGGAAACGUGUUAUAAAUCCUAUUGUUUAAGGUUUGGAAAAAGUGUCUGUGGUCGCACGUUGAUAGUCUAGUCAGGUAACUUGUUGAAUUAAAGCUAGUGGACACGGUAGAGGGUUUUAUUACCGAGUCUCCAUUGUUUUGGGCCCUAAUCUUAUCCGAACACGCCCCGACCAUUUUAUUUACGUGCUAGAUAAAUUGCAACGACGUAGUACUACGGUAUAUGCGCUGUUAGAUACAACAAAAGAGGUUUUAUUGUUUUUCUUCAAGACACCUUUUUCUUAAAUUUUGAAUGCACAGCACAUCAAAUCUACUAAUCUUGUUUAGUGGAUUUUGAACUUUUAUUAUAAUGUUCUAAAGUUGAAAAUCAAUUAAAUGAUUGUAACAGUUUUGGGUAGCUUGAUGUGCUGUCUUGUCUCUUACUUGACUGUACUUUUACAAGAUUUGUAAGAAAAAUAAUUAAAAACAAUACGCCAACGUCGUUGUUAAUGAAUAUGAAUAGUGAAAUGAUUCGAGAUACGGUCGGUUUCAUAGUUUCUUGGUAACCAAAUCAGUCUAUCAAUAUUUUUUGAUAGAUUGUCAACUCUAUUUCAAGUCGGAUUAAGUUGAAAAUCCAAUAAACCAUGUGGUAGCUUAGGUAAUGUGCGUACCUCAGAACUAUCUGUCAGUUAAAGUUAUCAGGGAGCUGUGAAACCGACAAUUAAUUAUUACGUACAAAGUUCUAUGUAAUUCCAUGUUGUAUAUUGUUGUAAAUAAGAACGUUUUAAUAAUAAUUAUCCUCCAUUGUAUUUAUUUAUUUUGGCGCGUAAGUCUGUAAAUAAUAGCUAUCGAAAGAACUGAGUAUUCGUUUUUUAAAUGUAAGCGUUCGUUAUAUGAAGUUUCCUUUUUUAAAAAUUAACGUAAUUUUAAGGUAAGCGUCUAUAGGCCCGUGUCGUACACAUUCCGUAUGACGUCAUCAGUACGCAUCGCAUGUAGGCGUUGCUGAUGAUGCGGUCCGUACGAUGCGGAUCAGUGGACGCAGUUGUAUGAGUUUCUAUACAAGACAAACUAAAAUCCGUUGCGUGCGAUGCGUCCGAUGCGGGCCUGUGGACGCUUACCUUUAUAGUCUCUAGUCGCUGGUUUGUAUUCCAUUCUAAGUUCAAAAAAUGACAGUUGACGUUUUCGAAUGCUAUAGUUUUUUUUAAUUCUUGAUUAUUGUCAAUGAAAUAAUUUUCAUAAAGUGUACUAUUUUUUAGUAGAGCUGUAUUUGUGUAGAUAGCUUAAACUUCGCUAGCUAAUCCUUUGGAAUUUCUCGAUUAUUCUUGCGAAUUGGCAUAUCGAAUAAAAAAGAACGCAUUAUGCGACUAGCGUAGAAAAAAGACAAAAAUUAAACGAAAAUGCUCAGAAUAUUGUAAAUAAAUUAAAAAUAGGAUUAUAAUAAAAACACUGUGUUAUUGUUUUUUUUAAGAUUUUUUAAACCCUCAGUAACUUUAAAUAUUUAUACAGAGAUAUCGAUUGAAAGAGAAUCGAUUAUGAAUUGUUUUUUUUUAAAUAAACUGUGUUGCUAUGUUGCUUCAAGGUAAUUCUGUAAUGUUGCUAGCCUAAAUAAAUAAAUAAUUAAAACGAUGCUUAAUUCUAAAAUAUUAAUGUUAUUUACUGAUAGUAGUUGAAUGAUCUUCGUAAUUGUAAUAUUAUUAUGCUGAGGUAAGGUGAGGAAAUAAAAUCAGUAUGCAAUA